UGCUCAUCAGUGGACACUUGCUGCACCAGGCUGCAACAUCCACCACAGCAGAGUCUCUACCAUCAUGGCUAUCACUGAUUUCCUCGCAGCCUCGGACAUCACCUCAGCUAUUAAUGCUUGUAAAGCGAAGGACUCCUUCAACCCAAAGAUGUUCUUCAGAACAGUGGGUUUAUCCAAGAAAAAUCCAACAGAGAUCGAGAGGGUCUUUAAAAUUUUGGAUCAGGACAAAAGUGGCUUCAUAGAACAGGAUGAGUUACAACUGUUCCUGCAGAACUUCUCCAAAGGAGCGAGGCCCCUGACUGCAGCUGAGACCAGAGGUUUCCUUCUGGAGGGAGACUCAGAUGGAGACGGGAAGAUCGGCUGGGAAGAGUUUUCUGCGCUGGUCAAGUCAUCAUAAAGCAUAUGUGACUCCUAUGAUUUGUUGUAUGGUGAUAAUCUCAGGGUGGACCUCCUUUUAUAGUGUUUUAGCUACAGUAAAUGACACAGACUCAUUCAGGGAUCUUAUGUGUUUAAAGUAAUAUGUUUUAACAGAAAGUAAUAUGAUAAAGUAAUGAAAGUAAUCCACAAAUUUAAUCUUGUCUCUCUGCUAUAUGUCCCUGCCAGAAAACUGUACAAAUAAAUACACUCUGCUCCGUGAAA